ACACUUGGCACACUAGAGAAGUCGAAUAUUAAAAUACGUUUUUGACUUGUGCUUCAAGCAAAUGUUGGACAGUUUAUCAUGAUACGACGAGUUGUGGUGGGCAUGUCCGGCGGCGUAGAUAGCGCUGUCAGCGCCCAUCUGCUUAAGGAGCGUGGUUUGAAUGUACUCGGCGUCUUCAUGCGCAACUGGGAUGAGCACGACGAGAUCGGCCGUUGCACUGGCGAACAGGACCUUAAGGAUGCAGAAUGGGCAUGUCGGCAGCUGCAAAUUGAGCUGCGUCAGGUGAAUUAUGUGAAGCAAUACUGGACCGCGGUGUUCAGUCAGUUCUUGGAUGACUAUCAGCAGGGCCUGACACCGAAUCCGGAUAUAUUGUGCAACAAGCAUAUCAAGUUCGAUUUGUUCCAUCGGCAUGCGCUGGAUACGCUGCAAUAUGAUGCCGUUGCCACUGGCCACUAUGCCCGCAACAGUCUGGGCGACUAUCUGGAACAUCGAUCGACAGACCAGCAGAAGGCAGAUGUGCGCCUGCUUAUACCAGCCGACACGUUUAAGGAUCAAACCUUCUUCCUGGCGGGCAUACCACAAACAGCGCUGCAGUUCACAAUGUUCCCGCUGGGUGGAUUGCUGAAGACGGAGGUAAAGCAACUGGCUCGCCGCAUUGGACUGCAGCGGCUGGCCGUGAAGCGCGAAAGCACCGGCAUCUGUUUUGUGGGCAAGCGUGAUUUCAAGGCCUUCAUACGGGAGUAUAUUAGCUGCAAGCCGGGACAUUUUGUGGACGUCGACAGCGGCGAAGUGGUGGGCAACCACGAGGGCAUUCAUCAGUGGACGGUGGGACAACGCUGCCGGCUUAGCUCAUAUUUGCAGCCGUACUUUGUGGCACGCAAGGAUGCUGCCAGCAACACCAUCUUUGUGGCAGCUGGGCACGACCAUCCCGCACUGCACAGCAUCCGCAUCCGCAUCGGUGAUUUCAACUGGCUGUGCAACCGGGCACGCCAGCAAUUAGCCACAAGUGGCAGCCUUCGGUGUCGUUUCCGCUUCCAGCACACAAAGCCAGUCGUCGAGUGUUGGCUGCGUCCCUUCGAAGUGCUCCUGGAUGCACCACUACGAGCCAUCACACCGGGACAAUAUGCGGUAUUCUAUGACGAUGUGGCGUGCCUGGGUUCUGCGCGCAUUUUGUGCGCAGAGCCACUACAACAAAUGGAACAGCAAGCUGCCUUGGAAAGUUAGCUCCAAAAGGGCUUUAAUUGUUGUUGUUUGUUUUUCUUUUAGAUUUGGUAGAUUGAGCAACCCAUUAAGACUUAUAAGCUGUGAAUCUGUACAUAAAUAUUUGUAUACUUAUAUUCAAUAUUUAUAUGUUUUGAA